AUGUCAGACGCGGCAGUGGACACCAGCUCCGAGAUCACCACCAAGGACUUGAAGGACAAGGAAGUUGUGGAGGAGGCAGAGGAUGGAAGAGAUGCACCUGCCAAUGGGAAUGCUCAAAAUGAGGAAAAUGGGGAGCAGGAGGCUGACAAUGAGGUAGAUGAACAAGAAGAAGAAGGUAGAGAGGAAGAGGAGGAGGAGGAGGAGGAAGAGGAACAAGAUGAAGAUGAGGAAGCUGAGGUUUCCACCAGCAUGCAGGUAGCUGAGGAUGAUGAGGGUGAUGAUGUUGACACUAAGAAGGAGAAGAUUAAUGAGGAUGACUAG